AGUAGGCUAUCCACUGUGUUUCAAAAACUCAAUUAGACAAGCCUUUAGUUCAAUAAAAUCUAAAAAUGAGUAUCAAAGAUAAGUGCAAGUCUUUCCUCUGCCAACAUAAGCCCACGGCGGCUCAAAAGACAGCCGCUAUUGCCUUUAUGCCCUCGGCUGGCUUCUUUGGACUGGCUGCUCUGUUGGCUGUGGUUUAUUAUACGGACUGGAAAACAAUUGCCGGAUGGAUACCGCUUUACAAUACAAAAUUCCCAAAACCCGAGGACCCCAAGAAGGCCAAAAAGAAAUAGAAACCAAUAAUUAUUUUUAGGACUUCCUCCCCCUAAGAUCGUGCCUUCCCUCGAAAUUAUUCAAAUAUAUGUUUAACUAUCUUCGGAAUAGGAUAGGAAAUUUU